AUGAGCAUGGCCUGCGAGACAUGUAGAAUCCAGGCCCGGACCCUCCUCCGGGCUGCGAUGCGAGCCGGCGCAUCACGAGCCGCUGCACCGACGACAAGGAAUUUCCUUCCACCCGCUGCGGUUGUUACUCGACGACAUUUCAGCAACACGAGCUCGAGAAGCCUCCUAAAGGGUAUUGGAAAGUCUAUGGCCGAGCCGUAUCGUGUGUUGGGUGCGACGGAGCAGCUUUUCAAGGCUUCAGCGAAGGCGGCGGACUAUCAUAUCACUGAGAAGGAGAGAAAGGAUGAUCAGGUGCAGCUUGCGGAGGAUGGUGAAGAGAUUGGGCAUUCUCUGAACCCUGAUAGUCCCUGGCAUCACACCUUUAAACUUCCUCCAACCUUCAGCACCUGGUCCCACGUAACCAUGCUUCACCUCUACCUAAUCAAUACCCGAAUACGCUGCUUCGACCGCGAGGGCUUCCAAAACUGGCAGCACCAGCUCACAGACCACUUUUUCUUCGAAUGCGAGAAGAAGAUGCACAUCGACCACCACAUCACAUCGAGCGCCCUCCGCCAGCGAUACCUCAAGGACAUUUUCGUUCAGUGGCGUGGUCUCCUGCUAGCAUACGACGAGGGUCUUAUCAAGGGCGAUGCGAUGCUAGCAAGCGCCAUCUGGCGAAACCUGUUCAAGGGUUCUGCUGAUGCAGAUCCUAGAGCUCUUCUCGCUAUCGUGGGCUGGAUGAGGUCGACACUGUUGCAGUUCGAGGCUGUUUCGGACAAUAACCUUGCUGCGCAAUUACCAGCGAUUAUGGCCAAGCCGGUGGAUGUGUUCUGGACGAGAUUGGAGAAGCAACUUGGCGGACAGCAGGAGGAUAGUCUUCCUGCUAAGGAGGUGAACGGGGAGCAUGUAUCAACAGAGGAGACAGCCAAGGUUUCAGCGAACUAG